AUGAACCGAGAAUUCAUCAAGCAAAGAAAAGCAGCAAUCGGGCUAGAAGAGUUUGAAGUGGCGCGUCCUUUUCUGGCGUCGUCCAUGCUGAUUUCACUCAACAAACCGAGCGAGAACAUAAACGAAGAAAACAAUUGCAGAGAUGGCUCGACGAUACCCUCCAAUGAGAUUGCAUGGGCCCCCAGCAUGUCCCAUGUCAAUUCUGGCGGGGUAUGGGAUGGCGGAGCAACAAAUGCAAAACCAAAAGUUGGUCUGCUGGAAAUUCAAGCUCAAGAGAAGGAAGCGCAGCGACAAAAGCAAAAGGAGAUGGAACGGCAGAGAGAAGAGGAGCGCAGAAAGGCGAAACACCUCCAUCUUGGCAGACAUGGUUUUUCCAACCGAUGGGACCAGCAGCAAAGAUUCCAUAUGCAUACCACCCCUAAUCAUCACCAGCAGCCAACACCACGUUACGGGCAGGACCAAAACCGGUUAAUCCGUGUAGUGGGUCUGUCGGAAGAAACAACCGAAGCCGACUUGUUUGACCUUUGCCGCCAGUUUGGUCGCGUGACAAGGGUCCAUGUCGCAAAAGAUAGAGAGACCGGACUGUCUAGAGGGUUUGCUUUUGUAACUUUCGGCAACCAAUUUGAGGCGGCAUCGGCUUUGGAUGGACUAAGCGGGAUGCGGUACAACUACAGGAUCAUUGGUGCCGAUUGGGCACGCCAAAAGGAACCUCGACCCAUCCGACGAACGGGAUAUGGAAAAGGUUUGCCUCAGACUACGUGGCGUUGA